AGGAUCACUGUCAGUUAAGAAAGCAGUCAUUUAUGCAAGAAGUGAGCUGUUGAAUGUCUCACGAAAUCAUUGUUGUUAUACAAUAAAGUGGUGAGCCAAGAACAAGGAAGAUGUUUUCUCCGCGGGUCCUGAAGUCUGCGUCGUCCCUAAUGUGCAGAGGGUUUUCCACGGGUCAGAUGUGCCGACAAGGGAAAGCACCAGAUAUGGCUGAGGUUCGCAACAGGCUGAGAGAAAUAGUCGGUGCAUCUACCAACUGGCAAGAUCAUCAGCAAGUGCUGGUCGAGCGUGCAUCACUAAGCCAGUAUCUUGCUCAGAGUCAGGAUCAACUGCCUGCAAAAAGAAUGAAGGACAGUAUGAUAGAGGCGCAUCUUCCUCUGGGUUCCCAGCCUGCCUUGAGAGAGAAAUAUCUUAACUCCCACAACAGCGUCAGGUUUGGUCGGAUUUUGGAGGACUUGGACUGUUUAGGGGUGCUCAUCUGUUACUCUCACACAUGGAAUGAGGAGCUGCAAAGAUCUCCACUGUCUAUUGUCACCGCCCUAGUGGACAAAAUCGACAUGAGACAAAACAUCAUCUACCCAGACUGUGACAUCAAGUGCACAGGUCACGUGACAUGGGUUGGCAAAACCUCAAUAGAAGCUACAAUGCACAUGUCUCAGUACCAAGAUGGUGCGUACACAGAUGUAUUAGAUGCCACGUUUGUCAUGGUGGCUCGAGAUCCUGAAAAUAAAAGGGCAGCUUUUGUAAACCCACUCAAACCUGAGGGUCUGGAGGAAGAGGCCAUUUUUCAUCAGAGUGAAGUUAACAAGACGAAGCGUGUGGAGCUGAGCACAGCAUCUCUUCUGAAAGUGGCUCCUACAGCUGAGGAGAGGACUCUCAUUCACAACCUGUUCCUCAACACUCUAGACACACGACUUGUGAGUUUUCGUGGUCGUAUUCUACCACCAAAUUCGGUGUGGAUGGAAGACGCCAAACUCAAAGGGCUAGAAAUUUGCCACCCAGAGGAAAGAAAUAUCUUCAACCGGAUAUUCGGUGGUUUUCUGAUGAGAAAGGCCUAUGAACUUGGUCGUGCCAAUGCCUGUGCAUUUGCUGGCUGCAGACCAACUGUGGUGGCUGUGGAUGAUAUCUUAUUUCGUAAGCCAGUAGAAAUUGGUUCUUUGCUCCUGCUGUCUUCUCAGGUUUGUUACACAGAAGGAAUGUACGUCCAGGUCAGGGUUCAUUCAGAGGUGCUUGAUCCUUUGACCCGGCAGCACAACACCACCAAUGUGUUUCACUUCACUUUCCAUCUUGAAAAGGAUGUCCCAGCUGUUGUCCCACAGAGCUAUGGAGAGUCUAUGCUGUACCUGGAUGGAAAGAGGCACUUUGAUGGGACAAUGAGGAACCACUGUUGAGCAUUCUAGGAUGUCCUGAUAGGAUGAAAUACUGUUUACCUGAUAAAGCCUCACCGACAUCCAUCACUACAAUUACAUGAGUGUUUAUAUGUGGAUUCUGGUUUGAUUUUCAAAAUGUCUACAGCUGUCACAUGCAUGCAUUUGAUACAUUUAGUAAUCAGUAAUUUAAUUGAUAAGUUUAUACAUUUUCUAAAGCACUUUCUAUGACAUGUUUAAAAUGUGAGAUAUAAAUGUGGAAAACACUGUGACUACAAUGUGUGACACUAAAACAACCAUUCACACAAUUCUUUGUCUAUAUUACAUUUUUUCCUUUCUUUUUCCAUCUGCUCAUAAUAUUGUAGUUGUACAAUAAAUUUGGUCAGAAAUCAGAUA